CUCUCCUGACACACCUUUUAUGUUUUUGUUAAUCCUAUUUUGAUGUAUUCUUAUAUGUGUGCUAAUAGAACGUCUACCUCACAAGAAAACAUUUUUAAAAUCUACAACAAUUCAGUUUAAUUUAAUUUUGUUUUGAAAACAAAUCAACAUUUAGGGAAAUCAUUAUUUCAGCUGAUCAUUAAAUUGAUGAAAGUUUCUGUUAACUGCACAAAAUGACCUCAAAACGAUCGAAACGCGUCGGAGGCAACUGAGACCGAUUACUUCUCCAGCGCCGUGUGAAGCGUGCAGGCAGGCCCGGUUCUAGAACUCUAGACUCUGAGGUUAAAGAGGGUGCAGGAGCUACAGGGACCGGCAACAGCUAUGAAACUCAUCAGGUCCCUCAUCUGGUCCCUUAUCUGGUCCCUCAUGUGGUCCCUCAUGUGGUCCCUCAUCUGGUCCCUCAUCUGGUCCUUCAUGUGGUCCCCAGUGAGCAGGCGGGUCCCCUGCAGCUGUCCUGACCCUCGGAUCCUGGAUGUAACAAACAGGAUCUGAGUCCCUGAAGGUGCAGAAAUGUAAAUGAGGGUGUUACGCUUCAUUUUGCACCCCUGCAGAACGGUGCCGGUGUGCAGCAUUAAAACACUAACAUGUUAAUAUCAUGUUGUUUUUAAAGCUUUAAAUGUGUUCCUGUUGUGUUCACAAUCAGUGAUCGGCUGGUUCUGCCUGACUGACCGACAUCACAGGAAACUACAGACGUGACCCGAAUCACAAAGUCACACUUCCUGUUUCCUUCUCCUGACACUAUUUUUAGACACGUGAUCAGACCUGCAGAUAAACAGCAUGCAGGUGUUAAUUAAACCCUGAGAUAAUCAUAUGCAGUGUGACGUCAUUCUUAUCAUGUCGCUUUAAUUUAAUUAAUUAAAAACUCUGAUGUUAAUUUUAAUAAUGAAGGAGUGUGUCGGUACUUUGCAGAGUUGUGUUGCUCUUUAAGUAUCGCGUGAUUUCACACCUUCCUGCUCUCCGGUAUGUGUGGAAACAUCCAAUUAACGGUUAGCUUUAAUUCCCGCCAUGAAUAAAACAUCCACGCACCCCCACCCCGCGGGAAGGGAGCGCUCUGAUUGGUCGGUGCGGAGCGGGACUGAUAGAAAUGCAGGUGAGGACGGGAUGUCGGACCACAGUAGACCUCCUGCUUCUCCUCCUCCACAGUAGACCUCCUCCUUCAGAGACAGCAUGCAGCCCCGCUCCGCUCUGCUCCUCCUCCUCUCCAUCACCUCCGCCGCCUGCUUCGAGCUGCUGCCGGAGGAAGCUGCUCCCCGCCGGGCACGAUUCUCCUCCAACAGCCCGACUGAUGUGGCCAGAUGUUUAAACGACGCCGUGGCGGUCGGCUGUGGAUUCUUCUCCUGUCUGGAAAACUCCACAUGUGACACGGACGGGAUGCACGAAAUCUGUGAACUCUUCCUGCACUCAGCAGCCACCUUCAACACAGAG